AUGAAUAUGGAAACCGAGUCGCUAUUGCCUAAGCCAACUUAUGGUGGCAUCAAGGGUUACUUUAGAAGGCGGCGCUACCAACGUCUCGACAGCGGUGGCACCGCCGCGGUCACCGGUGAAAGGAAAACGAAGACGAUUAGGUUAAGAAGAAGCCCACGCAGGCAAUGGAGGAUUAAGGCAGUUCCAAAGUUGACAUGGAUGGUUAGGUCACCUUUGAAGAUGUUGGCAAAGCUCAAAAAUGCUUACAUGAACUUCAUGUUGAGAUCCAUGAUCACCGACAACAUCUUUGGUAACAAAAAGACUCCUAAGAUUGAUCGUCAAGUGUCCAAGGGUUACAAGAGUGAUGCGUUUGAGGCCAGACUCAUUUUCGAGAUUUCCAAGGCCUUGGUUGCAUCUCAUGAAUUGUAUUCCAUGUAA